GAAGUGGAGGAGUACCAAGCUCUGAGCUCAGUUACACUGUGCCAUGUGCAUCCGGCGUAUUGUCUCCACCCUGUGCGUCAGUGGGUCAACAGUGGAAUCUUCAACGCAACCUACAUCUUAGCCUACAGAUUCCAAAUUACUUACGCACCUCCGGGCAGCUCUAGGCUUCUCGGCUCUUAGCACGGUACCAAAUCGUCGUCGUAAUCUGCCACUUCACCUUUUGUAUUCCAACAGUAUUUCACCCUUGGACGGCUCACGAUUACUCUUUACUGCUGUCAACAUUUCUAUCCGUUCCCCCUCAUAAUGUUGUCUCACGUCCUCCAAUUCUCGCUAUGGAUGGGAAUCUCAACAUCAGCUGCCUUGGCUGCCACUCCAGGCUCUUUCGAAGAUGGUGGAAAUACACAAGUUAGUGCGAUGAUGAUGUUCGUUGGAAAUGACGAAAAAGUGUACAUAUCGGACAAGACUGAAAGCAACGCCGCUCAGAUUAAUGGUCACCCAGCAUGGAAUUCAGUCUGGGAUAUCAACACUCGCCAGGCUAUGAUAAUGAAUGGCAGAACAAAUACAUUCUGUGCUGCAGGAAUGCAUCUUCCCAACGGAACUUGGAUUACGUUUGGUGGUAACAAAGCCCUUGGUCCCGGCGACACCCCAGCCUCGGAUGGCCAGGGCCAGUUCGAUGAUCGUUUUGGCGUUUACGAUGGCAGAAAAGCUAUUCGUCUCCUCACUCCCUGCAAGAGCUCGGACGAUUGGAACUCGGUAAAAUGUCAAUGGUUGGAUGAUGCUUCUCAACUCGCCAUGCAAAAGGAGCGUUGGUACCCUGCUGCUGAACCUCUCGCUGAUGGUACAGUAGCUAUCAUCGGAGGAUUUACUAGCGGUGGGUAUAUCAACCGGAACUUUCCCAAUGAUGACCCCGCGACAUCCCACGGUGGUUCGGAACCAACCUAUGAGUUCUACCCAUCCAGAGGAGCUGCGCAACUAAUGAACUUCAUGGUCAAGACCUCUGGACUCAACUCCUACGCACACACUUUCAUGAUGCCCUCCGGAAAGAUGUUUGUUCAAGCAAAUUACUCGACCAUCCUCUGGGAACCUGAGACGAACGUCGAACAUGAGCUUCCCGACAUGCCAGGUAAAAUAGUUCGCGUCUACCCUGCCUCAGGUGGUGUUGCUAUGCUACCCCUCACUCCUGCCAACAACUACACCCCCACUAUCUUGUUCUGUGGUGGUUCCGAUAUGCCUGACGAGGCUUGGGGUGACUUCAAGUGGCCCAUGAUCGACACCUGGAACCAUCCCGCAUCGAGUGACUGUCAACGUAUCACUCCCGAACCUCUCGAUGGAACCGCUCCGGUCUACGUGAAGGACGACAACAUGCUUGAAACUCGUACAAUGGGACAAUUCGUCAUCCUUCCUGACGGCACGUUGCUCAUAAUCAAUGGAGCUCUCAACGGCACCGCUGGAUACGCUCAACAAACUGGGCAAACCGAUUCGUACUCUAAGAUGCCCUUCGGAAUGUCGUUGGCCUCUGGUCCCGUCGGUAGACCCGCCAUUUACGACCCUAACGCCGAGGGCGGGAAGCGCUGGUCAAACGACGGUUUGUCCAGCUCCUCUAUCCCCCGUUUCUACCACUCUACAGCGAUUCUUCUUCCCGAUGCCUCUGUGCUCAUUGCUGGUUCCAAUCCCAAUGUCGAUGUCAACCUCACCACCGCUUACCCCACCGAGUACAGAGCCGAGGUCUUCUAUCCACCUUACUUCUCCGCCACCGUUCGCCCAAAACCAUCCGGUAUCCCACAAACCCUCACUUACGGAGGCCUGCCUUUCGACAUCACCAUCCCAGCCAGUUCAUACUCUGGUUCUGCAAACGACGCCGCUUCCAAGACGCACGUUGCUGUCGUUCGUGCGGGAUGGACCACUCACUCCAUGUCCUUUGGCCAGAGGUACCUCCAGCUGAAUAACACCUACACCGUCAAUCAAGACAGCUCCAUCACGCUCCACACCUCCCAGAUGCCACCCAACGCAAACAUCUUCCAACCCGGACCUGCAAUGGUGUUCGUUGUUGUGAACGGUAUUCCCAGUAACGCGACCUUCGUCAUUGUUGGUUCAGGGAUGAUUGAAAAACAACCGCUACUCUCCGUGGCUGAUUUACCAGCUAGCCAAAACCGUGAUGGUGCCUCCGGUUCAGCAAACGGCUCACAGACUGGUCAGGGUGGCGGUAAGAACGGUGCCGUGACAACUUCAACGAGUAUGACAAAUGUUGUUUUGGCUGGCUUGGUAAUGAUGGUCGUUGGAUCAGGCUGGUGAUAGUGGCCUUGUGGCGAUGGAUUUCAGUAGAAUGUCUACAUAAGCAUUCGGACUUGACAGUUAACGGACUGGCCACUGUAAUAUGCCAAAUCCAAUGCAACAC